CAAAAUCAACCCGAGCUCUCCCCUCUUUUCCUUACAGCAACGUAGGGAGGAAAGAGGAGAGCGAAAAGAAGAGAGGAAACAGAGUUGGGUCAUCACGGCUAUACUUGGAGCCGUCGGGUGGAAUCUCCACCGUCAAAGGAAUCCACAAGUGGAAGAGAUUCAGAACAAGGGCCAUCGCCUCGUGACAAAGAGGAGCCCUGCCCCUCACGGUGGCAGGGGAGCCUUGCCUUCCGAAGGAGGAAGCCCUUCUGAUCUACUUUUCCUUGCUGGCGGAGGUUCUCUUCUCCCAUUCCCAUUCCCAUUCCCCUGCCCUUGUUCUUCUUUGAAUUCUACAAAAACAAGGGGUGGGAAAUAAGACCUGGCCAUUCAUUCUCUUCUUUUUUCUUCUUAUUAUUAUUUUUUCCCCGUUCUCUUUCCAAUAACUUCCUCCUUUUAUUGGCAACCGAUAAAAGAAAGAGAUGCUAACCAUUAAGAGGGUUCCUACCGUUGUUUCUAAUUACCAAGAAGAAACCCCUGAGGCGGUCGGAUGCGGCCGCAAAUGCCUUGGCAAGUGCUGCUUGCCUGUGUCUACGCUUCCUCUUUACGUCUUCAAGAGAGAUCGCAAGGCAACUGAUGUUGGAUCCACAUCAGUAUCAGAGGAUUCUCCUAUUUCUUUCCUCAACACCUUACUUCUCGGGCAGUGGGAGGAUCGCAUGAGCAGAGGACUCUUUCGCUACGACGUCACUAGUUGCGAGACCAAGGUGAUCCCUGGCGAAUACGGUUUUGUUGCUCAGCUGAAUAAAGGCCGUCACCUCAAGAAACGACCCACUGAGUUCCGUGUCGAUCGUGUCCUCCAACCCUUUGAUGGAAACAAGUUCAAUUUUACCAAAGUUGGACAGGAAGAGGUGCUCUUUAUGUUCCAAGAAAGUGAGGGUGGCAAGGUCUACUAUUCUGAAAGUGCUCCUAUUAGCACUACCAACUCUCCGAGCGUCAUUGCCAUAAAUGUUAGCCCCAUUGAGUAUGGGCAUGUGCUUUUAAUCCCGCUCGUUCUCGAUUGCUUGCCUCAGAGGAUUGAUCACCAGAGCUUCUUGCUUGCUCUGCAUAUGGCCGCUGAAGCAGGGAAUCCAUUCUUCAGAUUGGGUUACAACAGCUUGGGAGCCUUUGCCACCAUCAAUCACCUCCACUUCCAGGCUUAUUACUUGUCGGUGCCCUUUCCUGUUGAGAAGGCCCCAACACACAGAAUAACAACUGUUAAGGGGCCAGUGGAGAAUGGAGUGACAAUCUCCUGCUUGUUGAAUUAUCCUGUGAGAGGUUUGGUUUUCGAAGGCGGAAACACACUGGAAGAUUUAUCUGAUGUUGUCGCCAACUCUUGCGUUUGGCUUCAGGACAAUAAUGUUCCCUAUAAUGUCCUCAUCUCUGAUUCUGCCAAACGGAUCUUCCUCUUCCCACAGUGUUACGCAGAGAAGCAAGCCCUUGGAGAAGUGAGUCAGGAGCUGUUGGACACCCAAGUAAACCCUGCUGUGUGGGAAAUCAGUGGGCACAUGGUUUUGAAGAGGAAGAAGGACUAUGAGGAAGCAUCUGAGGAUUAUGCAUGGAGGCUUCUUGCAGAGGUGUCUCUCUCUGAAGAGAGGUUCCAUGAAGUUAAGGCUUAUGUCUUGGAAGCUGCAGGCUUUUUAGAAGCUCCUGAGGUUUUGGAUGAUGAUACUGUAGAUGGGAAUGAAACCCGGUUUCAGCCUCCAGUGCCACCACCUGCUGCUACAACCCAUUUGGCCCAAGGGUGUCUGGUACUCCAGUAAGCGAGUGGCUGGUUUUUGUUUUCGGGUUGAACUAGAUUUCCUCAUGAUAACUACUAUUUCUGAUAUGAUGUUUACUUGUGAAUCUUUUGGAUCUUUUAUAUUGAACAAAUUGUACUAGCGCUUGCAAUUACUGUAUGCAGCACCAGGUCUGAUCAAUGUUGUUCUUGGUCAAUAUUAUGGAGAAAAUUUGGGUGAUUUGUGCCUGACAA